UGCCUGCUCCGUAUCGGCCACUGAACCUGCUCUCUCCCUCUUACGCCCAUCCUUCUCCCUGGCUUUUCUUUAUUUCCUGUCCAUACGACGUCCCAACUUAGGACUUCAUCAGUAGCAUGAGUGACAUGGAGGUCCUCGACGAGAAAGCGAACGGGGGGCCAACCAUGGACAUUGACGAGGUCGUAUCCGUCAAAGAUCAUGAGGCAUUCGCCGCCAAACACAUGCCCGACCUCGGUCACGACGUGAAGGAGUUCAUGGUGUACACUUGGAAGCUAAACCAUUGGAAGAAGCUCGAAAAGAAAAUGCACAGUCCGGAAUUCGAAUGUGGCGGUCAUAAAUGGCGGAUAUUGUUGUUUCCAUUCGGCAACUCCAACGCCCCACCGAAUGAUACCGUCUCUGUAUACCUAGACUAUGCUGACCCCAAGCGAGCGCCCGAAGGGUGGCACGCUUGCGCACAGUUCGCCCUUGUUAUCUCCAACCCCCACGAUCCAACAAUCUACACCGUUAGCCACGCGCACCAUCGUUUCAUUGCGGAGGAAUGCGAUUGGGGCUUUACCCGCUUCAGCGAGCUGCGUAAGCUCUUCAGCACACAAGAAGGCUACUCUCGACCGACGAUUGAGGAUGAGACGGCGGACGUAUCCGUGUUCGUGCGAGUACUGGAGGAUCCGACUGGCGUGCUGUGGCACAACUUCGUCAACUAUGAUUCGAAGAAAGAGACGGGUUUCGUUGGUAUGAAGAACCAGGGCGCUACUUGUUAUCUGAACUCUCUGCUACAGUCCCUGUACUGCACAAGAUCGUUCCGCAAGGCCGUCUACGAGAUCCCAACGGAAGAUGAACACCCAACAGAGAGUGUGGCGCUGGCCUUGCAACGAGUAUUCUAUCACCUACAAACAUCAGAUCAGCCCGUCGGCACGACCGAGUUGACCAAGUCUUUUGGCUGGAAGUCAUUAGAUUCAUUCCUGCAGCAUGACGUACAGGAGCUUAACCGUAUUCUGCAGGACAAGCUCGACACGAAGAUGAAGGGUACGAUAGCAGAAGGGGCCAUCGGGAAACUCUUUACAGGGAAGAUGAAGAGCUAUAUCAAGUGUGUCGAUGUCGAUUUUGAGUCUUCUAGGAUUGAGGACUUCAACGACAUCCAGCUGAACGUGAAGGGCAACAAGAACCUGAUGGAGUCUUUCAGGGACUACGUCGCGGUCGAGCCUCUUGAAGGAGAGAACAAGUACCAGGCUGAAGGGUAUGGUCUUCAAGACGCAAGGAAGGGUAUCAUCUUCCAGUCAUUCCCUCCCGUUCUACACCUACAGCUUAAGCGAUUUGAGUAUGAUAUCCAACGCGAUGCCAUGGUCAAGAUCAACGACCGUCAUGAGUUCCCCUUCGAGAUCGAUCUCGACGAAUUCCUCGACGAGACGGCAGACCGAUCGUCACCGUGGGUCUACAAGCUCCAUGGUGUGCUCGUACAUUCUGGUGAUCUCCACGGUGGCCACUACUUCGCUCUCAUCAAGCCGGAUAAUGACACUCGAUGGCUCAAAUUUGACGACGAUAGGGUGACGCCUGUGACGGAUCGUGAGGUGCUGGAAGAGAACUAUGGUGGCGAGGCGUUGAAUGGCGUUGUGCCAACUCUCCAAAGAAACCAAGCACGGUCGAUGAAGAGGUUCACUAACGCGUACAUGUUGGUCUAUAUCCGCGAGUGCAAGGUUCCUGAGGUGUUGCCACCCUUCACAGAAGAGGACACCCCUCCCCAUCUCAAGCGGCGACUAGACGAGGAGAGGCUACAGAUCGAGGCGAAAAGGCGGGAACGAGAGGAGCAACAUCUCUUUCUCACCGCGAAGGUUAUUACGGAUGAUACCUUCACGCAACACGAAGGCUUUGACCUGGCUUCGUUCGAUGAGAAAAACUGGCCUCCUUCAGAGCUUCCAACGUUCCGCGUCCUCAAGCAAGAACCUUACAGCACCUUUAAGACUCGAGUAGCGCAGCAUUUCAACUACCCCGAGAACCAGAUCCGCCUCUGGGUCUUGGUCAAUCGACAAAACAAGACUGUCCGGCCUGAUGCUCCUAUCCCGGAGAAUGAGCCUCCUCUCACUGUCGAUGUGAUUCGGAACAAUAUGGCUGCGAGGCAGACUGAUCUGCGACUGUACCUCGAUGUCAUCCCAGACCCAACCAAGUCGCAGCCCGAGCUCCCACAAGGGUCCAUCAUGAUCUUCCUCAAGCAUUUCGACACCUCGAAACAGACCUUGCACGGUGUCGGGAAGGUUUACGCCCAGCGAAACGCUAAAGUCAGCGACUUGAUUCCGACGAUCAACGAGAAGAUGCGGUGGACGCCUGGGACGCCGUUGAAGCUUUACGAGGAGAUCAAGCCUGGAAUGAUCGAGCUCAUGAAGCCAAAGGUCACGUUCGCGCAGAGUGAGAUUCAGGACGGUGAUGUUGUUUGUUUCCAGGUUGAUAUUAGCGAGAAGGAGGUCCACGAUCUUGAGAGCCAGGGUCUCUAUUCGAAUCCGAUCCAGUUCUAUGACUUUUUGCAGAACCGGGUCAUGAUCGUCUUCCGGCCGAAGGGCGAAGAGCCUGACCAAGACCGCACGGAGUUCAGUUUAGUGCUCAGCAAGAAGCAGACCUAUGACACGAUGGCCCAGAAAGUCGCUGAAUACUUGCGACAUGACCCCAUCAAACUCCGCUUCACGACCACCCAUGCAGCGAACGGCACUCCCAAGGCCAUCCUCAAACGCUCAUUAAACCAAAGCGUCGCCGAGAUCAUCUCCCCGAACUACGUCAACCCCGCCACGACCGUCAUCCUCUACGAGAAGUUGGACGUCUCGAUCGUCGAGCUCGAGACCAAGCGAAGCCUUAAGGUCGCCUGGACUGGCAUCCACAACAAGGAGGAGUCCACACAUUCCUUCCUCCUCCCCAAGACGAGCCCUGUCAGCGACCUCGCGGAUCACCUGGCGAAGCAGGUCACCAUGGUCUCUGGCGGGCCCGGGUCAGGGAAGAUCAGGGUGUUCGAGGUGUCGAAGGAUGGGAAGACACAGAGGGAGUUUACGGGCUCGGAGAUGAUUGGGAAUAUUCCAGAUCCGGUGGAGCUUUAUGCGGAGGAAGUGCCUUGGGAGGAGUUGGAGGCGGAGGAAUCGGAUAAGGUUAUCAGUGUUUUCCAUUUCUCGAAGGAGGUGUCGCGGACACAUGGGGUGCCAUUCAAGUUUGUUGUUAAGCCUGGUGAGAAGUUCGCGGACACGAAGAAACGUCUGCAAGCACGACUCGGCGUGUCAGACAAGGACUUCUUGAAGUACCGCUUCGCACUGAUCCAAGCCGCCACCUUCAAACAACCUUCCUAUAUCGAGGAUGAGGACACGAUCUACGAUCACAAGUUCGCCCCCGAAGACGUCCUCGGCCUCGACCACCUCGACAAGUCAGGCAAGACGAGAACGGGCGCGGGGGAGAAGGCGAUCGUGAUCCGGGGUUGAGGACGUGUGGCUUCUAGGUCAGGCAGGCACAUACUCAAGAGAGAGUGCGGACGAGCGAUAUGUAAAUUGUAUAAAUACAGGUUGAUGAGGAUGAGACCAGGCCAUCUAUUUUUUCGUUGUUGUUCUACGCACGGGGCGAUAUUGGAGCUGAGGAUGCGGGGCUAGGAGGAACGCUUCAGUGUCCGGCCGGGCUUCGUUGGUUUGGUGGUCUGUGGGUCUGCGACGGGCACUUGGCAGUCGGCUGCUGUCGUCACAUAUAUGUUUCUGUUUUCUGUUAUGUGUGCGCUUCGUUUUAAAUUUUGUGGAUUACGCUACUAGUAAUGUCUGGACUACCGAACGUCGGUCGAGUCGUCUAACACGCCGUUUCUACCUAGUAUGUUCAUCACACUUGUACUUGUCUCGAUUCUCUUUCAAUCCCAAUAUUUGCCUCUCUUUU